CUUGACACUGAGGGGAGGCAGCAAGACUAUAAGAAGUCUGGGUUGGGCAGACGGCUGAGAGGAAGCCGAGGCUCAGAGGAGAUGGCCAGCUGCCUAAAAGCCAUUAGGAACUGGAGAUUUCAGAGAGUGAUCUUCACAAGUGCCAAACUCCUUUGCUUCAGUGUCCUGAUUUUUGAAUUAAUAAAGCAGAAAGAAGUGGCAGGAUGGACCUAUAAUUACAGCACGAAAGCGUAUUCAUGGAAUUAUUCCCGGAUUUUCUGCCAGAAGCACUACACAGAUUUAGUGGCCAUCCAGAAUAAAAAAGAAAUUGCUUACCUCAAUGAUGUCAUACCUUACUACAACUCCUACUACUGGAUUGGGAUCCGAAAGAUCAAUGAUAAAUGGACCUGGGUGGGAACCAAAAAGCCUCUCACCGAAGAGGCCGAGAACUGGGCUGAAAAUGAGCCCAACAACAAAAAGAACAAUCAGGACUGUGUGGAGAUCUACAUCAAGAGCUUGUCGGCCCCUGGCAAGUGGAAUGAUGAGCCCUGCUGGAAAAGGAAGCGGGCGCUAUGCUAUACAGCCUCCUGCCAGGACAUGUCCUGUAGCAAGCAAGGAGAAUGCAUUGAGACCAUCGGGAACUACACCUGCUCCUGUUUCCCCGGAUUCUAUGGAUCAGAAUGUGAAUAUGUCAGAGAGUGUGGGGAUUUUGAUCUUCCACAGCAUGUGCUCAUGAACUGCAGCCACCCUCUAGGAAACUUCUCUUUCAAUUCAGAGUGCAGCUUCUACUGCACUGAAGGGUACGAAUUGAAUGGACCCAGCAAGCUGGAAUGCUUGGCUUCUGGAACCUGGACAAAUAAGCCACCACGAUGUGUAGCUACCCAGUGUCCACCCCUAAAGACUCCUGAGCAAGGAAGCAUGAACUGUCUUCACUCUGUCGAAGCAUUCCAGUAUCAAUCCAGCUGCCACUUUAGUUGUGAAGAGGGAUUUGCAUUAGUUGGGCCAGAGGUGGUACAGUGCACGGCCUCAGGGAUGUGGACGGCUGCAGCCCCAGUGUGUGAAGCUGUUGCCUGUGGGCCACUGAAGAGUCCUGUUCAUGGAAGCAUGGAUUGUUCCCCAUCCUCGAGAGCAUUUCAGUACAACACCAGCUGUCACUUCCAUUGUGCUGAGGGUUUCAGGCUGGAAGGAGCUGACCUAGUCCAGUGUACUGACUUGGGACAGUGGACAGCACCAGCCCCUGCCUGUCAAGCUCUGCAGUGCCAGGAUCUUCUGGCUCCAAACAAGGCCCAGGUGAACUGCUCCCACCCAUUUGGUGCCUUUAGGUACCAAUCAACCUGCAGCUUCACCUGUGAUGAAGGCUUACUCCUGGUGGGAGCAAGCAUGCUGCAAUGCUCGGGUACAGGGAACUGGAGUGCUCCUCCCCCAGAAUGUCAAGCCAUGAGCUGCACACCUCUGCUAAGCCCUCACAAUGGAACAAUGAGCUGUGUCCAGCCUCUUGGAAAUUCCAGUUAUAGGUCCACAUGUCGAUUCACCUGUAAUGAAGGAUUCUCUUUAUCUGGACCAGAAAUAUUGGAUUGUACUCCAUCUGGACAUUGGACAGGCUCCUCACCAACAUGUGAAGCCAUCAGAUGCCCAGAAUUAUUUGCUCCAGAGCGAGGAAGCCUGGCUUGUUCUGACACUCAUAAGGAAUUCAGCGUUGGCUCCACCUGUCAUUUCUCCUGUAACAGGGGCUUUAAGCUGGAGGGAUUCAAUAAUGUUGAAUGCACAGCUUUGGGAAAAUGGACAGCACCUGCACCAAUCUGCAAAGCAGGCAUAGUGUCAGCUCCUACUUCAAAGGUUCAGUGUCCAGCCCUCAUCACUCCAGAGCAAGGAACAGUGUCCUGUAGGCACCAUCUGGGAACCUUUGGUCUGAAUACCACUUGCUACUUUGGAUGCAAAGCUGGAUUCAUACUCAUGGGAGACAGUGCUCUCAGAUGCAGACCUUCAGGAAAAUGGACAGCAGGAACGCCAACAUGCCAAGCUAUCAAAUGCCCUGAGCUGCAUAUUAUUGAGCCAGGCGUGAUGAACUGCUCCAAUCCUUGGGGAAAUUUCAGCUAUGGAUCAACCUGUAGCUUCCAUUGUCCGGAGGGCCAGUUACUUAAUGGAUCAGCGAGAACAGCAUGCCAAGAGAAUGGCCAAUGGUCAACUCCCAUGCCAGCCUGCAAAGCAGGGCCAUUGGCAAUCCAAGAAUCCCUGACUUACUUUGGUGGAGCAGUGGCUUCUGCAAUAGGUUUGAUGACAUGUGGGACACUCUUGGCUCUGCUAAGAAAGCGCUUCAGACAAAAAGAUGAUGGGGAAAGCCCUUUGAACCCUCACAGCCAUCUAGGAACAUAUGGAGUUUUUACGAAUGCUGCAUUUGACCCAACCCCUUAAGAGACCUGUCCUGCUGGUCUCCUCACUCAACCUCCACAGGAUCCUAUUUUUGAACACCAGUUUUCCUGCCAGACUUGAGUUACACUGUAGCAUAUUAGCUGCAGUUUUCUGGUAAUACUUGUAAGG